UCACAACCAAUUCAGUUGCAGUCGCGGUUGGUUCAACUCGUGAGUGGUUCCUCCUCUCCCAAGAUGCCUGAUCCAGCGAAGUCCGCUCCUGCUCCCAAGAAGGGUUCCAAGAAGGCUGUGACGAAGGUGCAGAAGAAGGAUGGGAAGAAGCGCAAGCGCAGCCGCAAGGAGAGCUACUCCGUGUACGUGUACAAAGUGCUGAAACAAGUCCACCCGGACACCGGCAUUUCGUCCAAGGCCAUGGGCAUCAUGAACUCCUUCGUCAACGACAUCUUCGAGCGCAUCGCCGGCGAGGCGUCGCGCCUGGCGCACUACAACAAGCGCUCCACCAUCACGUCCCGGGAGAUCCAGACGGCCGUGCGCCUGCUGCUGCCCGGCGAGCUGGCCAAGCACGCCGUGUCCGAGGGCACCAAGGCUGUCACCAAGUACACCAGCUCCAAGCUUUAUUCUGCCCUUCCAGAAGAAGUGGGCCUCAAAGUCACAGCCAGACUCCAGAUGAUUGCUGUUUCACUGGGGAUCAUGUCAGUGCUUCCUCAAAAUUAAAUUAUCAGAGAAUACAUUUGGGAAGUGUAUUUCUCCAGAAUGUGUAAGCCUAUUGUUUCUAAUGGUUCUUAGAGAUUUUAUACCUCCGCUAACUCAUGUAACAUGUUUGGGGAUCUCUUCUUUUAACAUAUGCUUCCUCUUCACAAUUUAUUUCCUAUCCUAAGGAUGAAGGAGUAAUAUGUGCUUAUUGUAAUAUGGAGGUGAAAGGGGAAGACAUGACGAUGAGCUUCUUACCCUUUGGGGUUUUGACCCCAUAUUUAGAAACAAAGCAAGGAGUGGUGAAUAAUGAAAGGGCAGCACUUUAUCGGCUCCCAUUUUACUGUUAAUGUGCAUUAGCAAAGUCUGCACCUAAAAGUCACACAUUUUUAACUUUUUUGUUGAUUUUUGUUUUUUGCAGCUUGUCAAAGCUUAAUAUACAGUUCUCUUAAGGUCUUCUCUUAGAAAUCCCAUCAGGAGCAAAGAACCCAAUGGGCCCGGACUCUUGCAGAAGCUCCGGUGGUCAUACAAUGAGUUU